AUGACGCUAAUAAAUCACCGCGGUGUCGGGUGUGAGGUGGAUAAGAACGACCUCAUGUCGAUCGAGGAAGAUCAAUGGAUUACUGAUGGCGUGCUCGACUUUCACAACGUGCUGCUUAGCAUCCGGAAGCCGACUCUCCGUGACGGGAAAACAUGGGCUGCCUUGGACUGCAAGGCGUACUUCCAGACGAACACGUGUGGAGCGCCUUUGACGCUGGGGAACGGGCUUCCGCUACUGGAGCACGACUAUCUCGCGAUCCCUGGUGUGACGCCGCACCAAUACCGGCGGGAGAUGCGGCGCGACUUGUGCGCACACGCGAGCGGAGAUCUUAUUCACCAGCUGGAAGCACUGGGGAUCGAAAUCCCUCCGCAGGACGAAGGCCGGGUUACAGAGGGGGGGGCAGUGGUGCGGGAGAGGAACGCUGGUACGGAAGAUGUGAGGCAUGCACCGGUUACUCAAGCCGAGGAUGACGCACGGGUAACGGAGAUGAUGAGGGAAAUGGCAACUUUGAAGAACGAUGUGAGGUACCUGGACGCGAGCUUCACCGUCAUAGCUAAUUUUGUGGGAUUGAGGCGCGACGAGGUGGUGUCCGCUGCAACCCAACUACAGAUGCAAGGUAACCCCGUGAGACCCGGCGCGAACGCAGAGGCAGGUGGCACCAAGAAUGCUCCACCAACUCCACAGUGUCCAUUUGGUCGUAAGAGGCGGGAUGACAGCAGUCCAGAGGAGGAUGGCGUACGCAACGCCACCCGGGUUGCGCUGGCCUCCUCGUUCGCUGCAUGUGAUCCGACAGCGCGCUUGCUGCAGAACCCGCUGCUGACGGGAGGGACCAUACCUCACUGGAUGUUCACCCGCGGGAGACCGCUGCUCGAGGUGACUGUGCCGGCUGGAGCUGAUGCGUGGGGAGAUACGAGAGGCCAUGAGACGGUGAAGGCCGAAGAAGAAGAGGAUCUCGUGUCAGACACGGAGGACGAAGAGGAUGGCGAAAACACAUGUGCCACCAAGUAUACAGGAGUCAAGUUGGAGAAAGCAUCCGGCAAGUACGGCGUGAAGAUCCUGAUCAAGGAAGGAGGAAAGCGUAAGCAACAGCGGCUGGGAGCAUACACCUUGGAGGAGGAGGCCGCGUUUGCGUACGCCGCAGAUGACGGCACUGGUGCAGAGAGUGCUUCAUCGUCCGAGCGCAAUGAAGAGGAUGGCGAGGCAGACUCAGACACAUCGGCCUCAGGCUCACCCGAAGAAUCCGACGAACCUGCCACGGGGGGGAAGACGGGCGACGAUGGGUGUGCGGGAACCGCUUCGCCCAAAGCCGACGGGCGCGAAAGUCGGGGCGCGCGGGAGACGGAUGUGUUUCGAGGCGAAGGCCGAGGACAUGUGGACGGACAUGUGGACCGCACAUGCGGGACCCCAGUGGACACCGACGGCGAUGACGUGCGCAUCUCGAGCAGGGUCCUCGAGCAACUCAUACGGGCUCAGGACAAGAGCGCCAAGGAGAACGCGCGGUUGGAGGCGCUGUUCUUGAAUGCAAUGGCGCGGCCUUCUGGUGGCUCUCGUAAGCGUAAGGCUCAGAAGCAGAGAGACCCGGAGCAGGGGUGCAUGAACCCGAAGCGUCAGCGUGGCGAGACAUGGAGCGGCGUGUCGGACGAUGACGGAGAGGACGACGAGGAAGAUACGCAUGGUUCUACUGGUCGUCAUAUGAGUACAGCAAAGUCUCCUAUUCUGCAACGCGCGUUGGCGCAUAUGCCGACUCACAAGGCGUGGAAGAGGGUUUGCGAGCUAGCCAGAGUUCACAUGUUUCUCAACAGGCCAACGUCGACGAUGACCUUCUACCCGAGCAGCGAUGAUAAGACUCACGGAGUGUGCGCGGUGCUGGACCGCCUGCCUCACAACUUUGCUUGUUUGGCGUUGGCGGCUGACAAGUCUCGACGAGCGGAUCUCAACAAGACGCUGUCUGAGUGGAAGACAAGGGCUGCCGCUCGCGUGCGAGACAUCGCACUUCCCAAGCUCGGCCUGUUCCGUGACGACAGGGACGCAUCCAGCCCGUGGGCACCUGAAAAAGAGCGUAGUAUCGAGAAGAUAAGGGAGCGCAUUGGGCUUGGCGCAGACCCCCCUGGUGAGUGCAGGAGACGCGCGCUGGAGUCGUUGACUGUUUGUAGUCAUGCACCAAUGCGAGAAUUGUGGACAUUGAUACUGACAGUGCGGAUGUGGUGUGCAGAAACUCUAGUGCUCACGAGCUGGGCGCACGACAGGGAUGGCAUGCCGUUUGCCUCCCGAGCGUUCACGACAUGUGCGAAGGCUGCCUUUAAGCCGAAGAAGGCAGGGCUGGUGAUGACCCUUAAGGUGUACCACCUGGCCUGGUUGGAGCAUGCGGUCUCCGACUGCGUCCUCUACUGGGAGGAGCGGAAAGGCCGGCUCUCCAACUCGGCGGGCGGGAACGCCCACGUUGUGGAUGGGCUCAAGGUCCUGGUCAAGGAGGCCGUGGAGAGGGCCAUCCGUAUCCGCAACCCCGAGUAUGACGCGGAGCGCGAGGCGUGGAUUUGGGGGCGCCAUGGACUGCGCAUCUCUGCGUGCGGCCUGGAGCACAUGAGGCCCAUGGCCACCGCCCAGUCUGAAGGCAUCGUAGGGGAUGACGACCUUUCGGCGUCACUUGGUGCUGAGUAG